AUGGAAAACCUUCAUAAAGAUGCAAAUAUUAGUAUAGACACUCGAAAAUUAAAUGAUACGUCAAACACAGCUUCAGUUGGACAUAUCUUCCUCGUUUGGUAUAGUGAUCGUUCAUACUUUGCUGACUAUGCACCAUUACUUUUUAUCUACGUCAUUCUAUUGCUCUAUGUGUAUUUUUCCGUUCGUAAAUUGGAAAUGGUCAAAUCGAAAUGGGGUUUAGCUUUAAGCGCUUGUGUUACUGUCGCUGCGUCACUAUUUAUGUCUAUUGGUCUGUGUGUAACAAUCGGUCUUGUUAUGCCAACACUUAACGGAAGCGAAGUUUUCCCUUAUUUAGUCGUUCUAAUUGGGUUUGAAAAUGUCAUUGUUUUGACGAAGUCUGUAGUUGCAACGCCAGUCGAUCUUCCAGUGAAAUACAGAAUUGCUGAAGGUUUAAGCAAAGAAAGUUGGUCACAUACAAAACUUUACUUUACUGGAUUGUUGUUAUUGGGUCUAGGAUUCCUUACAUUUCAUCCUACAAUGCAAGAAUUUUGUUUGUUUGCAGUUGUCGGCUUGACUACAGACUUCUUUUUACAAUUAUUCUUUUUUGUUACGAUCCUUUCGGUGGAUAUCCGACGAAUGGAACUCUCUGAUCUUAUGUUGGAAUAUCCAGUUCAUUCAUUUAUGCAAGAACCUCAAAUGAUUCCGCCAUUUUAUUCCUUUACUUCACCAUUAUCAUCUUCAACUUCUUUAUCAUCAUCUUUAGAUAUGAUGAUGACUGAAUCAUCGUGUAAAAUUGAAAAACCCAGCUCAUCGUUUACUGAAACGUCUAAUAAAAAAGAAACUCGAAUAUCAAACAAAUAUUUGGCUCAUAUAUUAUCAUUUAUUUCAAAUCUAAGCUCUAUGUUGUUUAGGUCAGUUAAGGCUAUUUUUCGACGUACAAGAUUAUCUUUUAUGAAAGGUCACAGGCGUCAGGUUUCAGCUGCACAAACAGCUGCAUACUUAGCUUCUGAUGGUCAGAUAUCGCAAAAUGUUCCACGACGAUUACGCGUUCUUCGUUGUUGGGCGAAAUCUCGACUCAUACAACGUGUUCUUCUGUUUGUUUUCUCUGUAUGGGUUAUUAUGAUUCUGAUACAUGCUGUGGAUAUAGUCCAGUUAUUUCUCAAUAUCUAUGUCUACAUAAGUAGUUUACUAUUACAGUCUUCUACGUCACACAGUUGGUUCACAUUAUCUUCGUAUACCAGUGAUAAUGAUCAUUAUAAUACUAUUACUACUACUGUUGUUAAUAGUAGUGAUAUGAAUGGUCACUAUAUACCGCUCUCUGUCAGUGAACCUCCCUUUAUGAAUUCAUCUGUUUUUUCCUCAUCAUCUUUUGUGAAUUCAUCUAUUCAAUCUGAUUCCCAAGAAAAUUUGUUCAAUAUUAAAAAUGUUAGCAUGGUCGAUCAAGAAGAUUCUGUUGGUGAACAUAUGAAUGUUUCUUUGGAUCAACAUGAAAUAGAUCUUCAUGAUGAUCAUCAUUUUCUUCAUGAACGUGAUAUCUCAAUUCAAUUCAAUGUUGGUGUUGAUGAUGAUAUUAAAUCUCAAAUAAAUAUGCUCAAUAUUGUUCAUCAUUUACAAUUGAAUGAAAUGACACAAAACAAUUUCACUUGGAACACAAUGUUUAUUUGGAAUUAUUUAGCUUAUUCGUACUGGCCAUCAUUAGCAAAACACUAUAAUUUAAGUUUGGUCGGUUGUCAUUUAGCAUUGUUAGAACCAGUUCAUUUAAAGUAUAAGCUUCAUAUGAUUGAUCCAGAUCAAGGAAUUGAAAAGUUUGAUAUACAAUCUGAUCAAAAAGAAUCUAUAUCGUAUGUAUCGUUUGAAAAUGAACGUACAUUGGAUGAACAUAAUCAUUUACACUUUAUAAAUGAUGAUAAUAAUAUACUUAUAUCAAAUGUAGAAAGAAAACGUUUACAUGCAUCAUCGACAUCACCUGGGGGUUUUACUGGUUGGACUGCACGACUUGGUUUAACUGCAUCUAUGCUGGGCACUAGUUUGUUGGGUUGUAGUCUGGUCUUAUUAUUGACUUGUUUAGGAAUGAUUUGCUUACAGUCCAGGUCAUCAAAUUCCACCAAACGUGAACCAAUAAUACGUGUUCUACCACUGACUAUAGAUCUUGUAAAUAAUGUGACAACAACAGAUUCAAUGGAUUCAGACUAUGAUCAGCAUGAUUGUUUAUUGUCACCUGAAUGGACUGUAGCAUGUGCAGUGACUUCUGUUCGGUCAUAUAUACGCAUUAAAUCAUAUCAUUCGAGGAUUAUCCAACUGUGGUGUGCUGACUCAGGAAAUCUUUUAUUUGAUUUAAAAAGGUAUUCGGAAGAAGCAAAUACUAAACGAAAAAACUUGCCGUCAUCUGUCGCAUGCCGAAAAUUUUCUACCAUCUGGUGCAUGGAUUUCUUGCCACAAGGACUCUUGGUUGUUGGAUGCAGUGAUGGGACCAUUGAGAUUUGGAACUGUGAAUCUGGACAACUGUUAGAUAUUUUAUGCUUAAACAACGUUAAUAAUGAUCACUUAUUGGUCAAGAAAGAAACACAAAAUUCAUCUUCUAUUUCACAUUCAAAGAUACAUCCUGGAGGAAUAACAAUAAUGAAAAUAAUUGAUGAAUCAAGAUUUUGUAUUGGAACUAGUCAUGGUGUUGUAGCAUAUUUCAAUGUAGUUUAUACUAAGGGAAAUUUGUUACCGACAUUUUCAUUAAUUCGCCAAUGGCAUUCACAUUCUCGUGCAAUUAGUCAAUUAGAUUAUUUGAAAUAUUUCAAUAAAAACACAGUAGAUAAUCCCAAUGAUUUGCUUACAAAUAUAAAUUUAAAUCAUAUCGCAGUGCUUAUAGUCAGUGGAUCAGAAGAUGGUUGUAUUAAAUUUUUCUCAUCUGAGUAUGAUUCUCCAUUGUUUCAUUGCGCUGUUGAUACUACGCCUGUCCUUUGUAUGAACUUAAAUCGUCUUGCUCUUGGUGUCAGCCAUGCAUCCGGAUCAUUAUACGUUUGUUGUUUAGAAUUACUUCACACGAUGACAACCAAUAAUGGUGUAAAUCUCAAGGCUAAAAAUCAAAUAGAAUCUCUUGAGAUACGUUUAAUUGAUCUCAGUUUACUUAGCAAUGGUUUUGGAAUUUCUUCAGAAAUACAACAAUUUGCAGCAUCAUCAUCAACAUCGGGGAAAGUUCAAAAUAAAAAAGUGUCGUUGUACAAUCGUCUUGGAUCAAUAAACCUACGAUUAUUUAUGCGAAGUGAUAGGUAUUCUGAUAAAACACAGAAAAGUUGUAAUUCACUGUCAACCUUAGCAAAUUAUCGUCUAGUAACGUAUGAUAUGGACGGUAGUGUGGUUAUAUGGGAUUUGCAGCACAAAUGUAUAAUACGGUCUUUCAAAGCCAAUUUAUCAACAUUCAACAUGUCCAGUUUAUUACUAUCCGUUGAUGGACGUGUGGUUUUUGGUGAUCAGAGUUAUCUACGAGUUGUAAAUCCAUGGACUGCUAAAUAUGAACGUUCAGUUCAACUUUUACCCCCAUCAUCUGUAAAUAUGAGAAAUCAAAAUAGUUCAAAUUCUUCACAUAUCUCUGCUUUGUUACGUCGAUGGAUAAAAGAAUUAGUUCCACUUGGUGUUACUGGUGGUGACUUUGAAUCGUUCAAGUCAUCUGAAUUACACUUGAUAACUAAUCGAAAUGAUGAACAAGGAAAAUUAUCCCCAAUUAUCAGUAUGAAAAUGCCAAUAAGAACUGGUGGAUCAUAUGUUAUCAGUAUUGCCGAUGGUGGACGAAUAUUAGUUGUAGUACCAGUGUCUACGAUUAAAUUUGAUUAACUCGAAUAUUUUUUCUACCGAUUCUUUCUAUUUCUAUAAUAUUUAAGAGAUGUACAGUCUUCAUUUAUUAUAAUAUGAAUUUUAAACAGUUAUCGUAUUAUUAUGAAAUAUUAAGUAGUCUCGUUUUAUCAGUUUACGUAAUUAUACAUUGACCAUUAAUCAAGUUUCUGCUGCUAUGUGAUUCCUGCAUAGAUUUUAAUUGCG